AUGAUGAAGAAAGUCUUUGCUAUUCUGCUACUUUUCAUUGUCUACUCAGCAACAGCUGCUGAUGAUGCCGCACCAGCACCACCUUCCGAUGGAGGAUCACCCAAUAAACCAUCGUUUCCUUUAUUUCCUCGACGAUCAUUCCCAUGGAUUGGCCAUGGCCGUGCAUUUCCACCACUGCCUGCUGGCUUCCCACACCCAAAACUUCCACCCACUGAUUCCAAUUCUCAAAAGUGCUUACAAGAUUUCCAUGUCGAACAAGGCUGUGUGAACCAGAUUCUGCACUCUUAUGCUUCCCAUAACAUCAAUCUCGACGCCAGUUGCUGCAGCGUUGUUGAUGCCAUUAAGCAGGACUGCGUGUCACCUAUUUUUGCUCAUUUUAGCAACCCAUUUUUCGGCGGUCUUUUGAAGCAACAUUGCUCUAGUCCUCCAACUCCAUCCACACCAUCAGCUCCAGCUCCAGCAACUCCAUCAGCAUGA